AUGUCACCACAUCCAGAAGCUAUCACAGACUGUGUGACAGUGGAAGUGGGCCAGCUUACAGAAGGUGCUUAUCCGUCACAGUUCUCUGUACUCUCCCAACAACAGCAGAAAAUGAACACAUCUCAGGCAUCAGUGUCAUUCAAGGAUGUGACUGUGGAAUUCACCCAAGAGGAGUGGCAGCAAAUGGGUCCUAUUCAGAGGACCCUGUAUAGAGAUGUGAUGCUGGAGAACUACAACAACCUAGUCUCAGUGGGGAACUGCAUUUUCAAACCAGCAGUAAUCUUCAAGUUGGAGCAAGGAGAGGAGCCUUGGUUCUUAGAGGAAGAAUUCUCAAACCAGAGCCACCGAGGGGAGUUCCUGAAAGAUUACAGAGAUGAUGACCUGAUGAAGAGGAAAAAGAAAAUCCAAGAUAAACACUUUCAGGAAAUAUUAUUCAUCGAUAAUAAACCAUUGACUGGAGAGGAAGAAGUUUUGGGAAAACAGUUUAAUCUGCACAUAGCUCCUGUUUCAACAAAAAUAUCCUGUAAAUAUGACUCAUGGGGAGUAAAUUUGCAAAAUAUUUCCCAGCUUGUUAAUAAUAGAACCUAUCCAACAAAAAAACCAAAUUGCUAUAGUGUAUGUGAAAAUUUGUCUUUCAAAAUUAAGUUUGAGAGAACUCAUACUGGAGAGGAGUUUCAUGAAUAUAAAAAAAAUGGGAAAGCUCUCAGUUAUAAGGAAAAUCUUCCUAAGAAUCAAAAGUGUCAAACUUUGGAGCAAGCUUUUAGAUAUGAAAUUGGAAAAGCCUUCUAUGGCGAGGCUGCUUGCGUUACAUGUAAGAGUAUACACACAAGAGAAAAAUCCUAUAAAGAUGAUGAAUUUAGGGGAAAAAGUGAAAAAACAACUAUCUUUGACUAUAAAAGAACUGGGGUAGGGGAGAAACACUCUCCUCUUAACCAAUGUGGGAAAUCUUUCUGCGGGAAAUCAGCUGUCAAGGAAUACAGUAAGUUUAACAUGCCUGUGAAACAGAAUGAAUGUCAUGCAAGUGAAAGUAAUUUCAACAGGAAGUCACACCUCACUCAACUUCAGAGAAUUGUCACGGAAGAGAACCCAAUGGUAUAUAAUGAUAGAACACAAACUGGGGAUAAGUCCUUUGAAUAUCAUCAAAAUAGGAAAUCCUACCAGAUGUCAGCCCACAAAGUACGCCAGAGAACUCACUCUGAGAUAAAACCCUAUAAAUGUAAUGAAUGUGGUAAAUCCUUCUUUCAAAAAGGACAUCUCAUUCAGCAUCAGAGAACUCACACCGGAGAGAAACCAUUUGAAUGUAAUGAAUGUGGAAAAACUUUCUCCCAGAAGUCACACCUCAGUACACAUUGGAGAAUUCACACAGCAGAGAAACCCUAUAAGUGUAACGAAUGUGGGAAAACAUUUGUCCAGAAGUCAACCCUCAGGGGACAUCAGAGAAUUCAUACAGGAGAGAAACCCUAUAAAUGUAGUGAAUGUGGAAAAACUUUUAUUCAAAAGUCAACCCUCAGAGAUCAUCAUAGAAUUCACACAGGGGAGAAAUCCUUUCAGUGUAAUGAAUGUGGGAAGACUUUUGGCCAGAAGUCAAACCUCAGGAUACAUCAGAGAACUCACAGUGGUGAGAAAACAUAUCAAUGUAAUGUAUGUGAAAAAUCCUUUUGGCGAAAAGACCAUCUCAUUCAACAUCAGAAAACACACACAGGAGAGAAACCAUUUAAAUGUAGUGAGUGUGGGAAAACUUUUGCCCGGACAUCAACCCUUAGAGUGCAUCAGAGGAUUCAUACUGGGGAGAAACCAUUUAAAUGUAAUGAAUGUGGGAAAAAAUUUGUCCGGAAGGCAAUCCUUAGUGAUCAUCUGAGAAUUCAUACAGGGGAGAAACCUUUUCAGUGUAACAAAUGUGGGAAAACUUUUGGCCAGAAAUCAAACCUCAGAAUACAUCAGAGAAUUCACAGUGGGGAGAAAUCUUAUGAAUGCAAUGAAUUUGGGAAAUUGUGUAAGAAGUCAACUCUAAAUGUUUGCCAGACAAUUCAGGGAGGGGGAAAACCCUAUUGAUAUAAUAACUAUGGAAAAUCCUUAUGGCUGAAAAACCAAGCCAUUUGACUGCAGUAAACCCACACAGGAGAAAAACCAUACAAAUAUGAAUGUGGGAAGAAUUUUAUCCAAAAAGCAACCCUGAAAGUAUAUCAGAGAAUACACGAGCUGAU